GGAGUCACCGCCCCUCCCGGCUUCCCCCUCGGUCGAGCCUGGCGCUGGGAUGCCAGGCCGCCUAGCCCCUUCCUCGAACGCCGCGUGCGGAGCGAAAGAGGAAAGGCUGGAGGGGCGCCCGGCGAGUCCCCGCGCGAGCGGAGAGUGUCGGAGGCAGAAGGAGCAGCAGCAGCAACAAAGUUCCCGGGGCUUCUCCGAGGCUGCUGUCCGGGUUGCCUGUUUGGCCGCCCCCUCCCUGCCUGGCGAAGGCAAUGGCUUCCAAACUCCUGCGCGCGGUCAUCCUUGGGCCGCCUGGCUCGGGCAAAGGCACCGUGUGCCAGAGGAUCGCUCAGAGCUUUGGCCUCCAACAUCUCUCCAGCGGCCACUUCUUGCGGGAGAACAUCAAAGCGAACACCGAAGUUGGUGAUAUGGCAAAGCAGUCCAUAGAGAAGGGUCUUUUGGUUCCCGAUCAUGUGAUCACACGCCUCAUGAUGUCGGAGCUGGAGAGUAGACGCGGCCAGCACUGGCUACUAGACGGUUUUCCUAGGACCUUAGUUCAGGCUGAAGCCCUGGACAAAAUCUGCGAGCUGGAUCUAGUGAUAACUUUGAACAUUCCAUUUGAAACGCUCAAAGAUCGUCUCAGCCGACGUUGGAUCCACCCCGCUAGUGGAAGGGUAUAUAACCUGGACUUCAAUCCACCCCAUGUACACGGGGUUGAUGACAUCACAGGCGAACCGUUAGUCCAGCAGGAGGACGAUAAACCUGAAGCUGUGGCGGCCAGGCUAAGACAGUACAAGGAUGUGGCAAAGCCAGUCAUUGAAUUAUACAAGAGCCGAGGAGUACUUCACCAAUUUUCCGGGACGGAGACUAACAAAAUCUGGCCCUACGUUUACACGCUUUUCUCGAACAAGAUCACGCCUAUUCAGUCCAAAGAAGCAUACUGAGCCUGCCCGGCAGAAGAACCAGGAAAAUGUCGUCCAUUCAGUUGUGUGUGUAGUAUCGGUGCCGUGUCCAAGGUAGAAGCUAGUGGGGAUAGCUCACAGCGUCUUUUCUAGUUUAAAUGGUGAACUGAAAUGAAAACGAAUGAGUAGAAAGCGUUCCUGAAGCGGCUGCUCUAUGCCUUCUCGAGAAGGGUCACCAACACAUGCGUACGAAGCCUCUGCACAUCUCAAGCCCUUCCCAAGAAAACAAGCCCAGGCCGGGCUUCUGGCGGCGUCUAACCCCAACCUCUAGCUGAUCUCUGGCCCUCACGUUGUUGCCGUAGUAGCCUUUUUGUGCGUGACGCUGUUGGCCUCUGGUGCCCUCCGUCUCCUGAAGGCUGUUGAACCACAGCGCCAGGCCGCCUUGUCCCGAGAUUUCUGGUAUGUGUCCUUCCUGGUGACCGCGCGCUUGAAGCCAGUUGCUUUUUGUGGUUGCUUCCCUGGCCUUGAGUGACUGUCCACGAUUUAUUUUUCCUGUUAGGAGUGAUAUCUUUUCUGAAUCCAUGCUCCAUAGAAUCUGUCCUUUGCAGACAUCCCUGGAAUGAAAGGAUUUGGCUUCCACUCUUUUUAUUAGACUGUAUAUUUUUUUUAACCUCUGUUUUCUUCCAAGGCUAUGAAGCAAUACAGACAGUUACUGCUUUGAUCCCUCUCAGACCUGUUUCUAAGAGCUGAGAGCGAGGGGAGGCUGUCAGAUCGCUUCCCGCACCAGGAACUGGGCUCUGCAGAGGGCCUCCUUAACGCUGCUGGGCUGACUCUCAUGGGUUGACACUGCCCUUUUUUCUUUUAUUGUGAAAAAAUAAAAUCCUCAGAGUCUUUGGGAGUCUUCAAAAAAAUGGGAGAUGCUUACCUACAUAAAUGUUAAAGGAUCGUAUCUUGUGUAUAGAAGUAAUAAGGCCACAUGAAAUGACUGCACUAAAAGAAUAGUUUAGUUUUUUCAUCAAGACAAAAAAAAUGUAUUUUGAAAUGCUGCUAAAUACUGAUGCUGACAGUGUUUUUCUCCUGUGAGUGACCCAAACAUAUUAUAAAUAGUUGGUAAAGGGAAUGGAGCCUAUGGGUUGAGGAGAAUGUUGCACUAGCUGGGCCCAGAACUGAGUAGAACAGCUUUAUGAUUAUGGGAAAACAAAUUCUUAAAACUUUUUUUUCUGUUCCAAAGAUGCUUUCUGUGGGAUGGCCAUUAAGUCUAGAAAUAAAGAUAAUACAGUUUUGUCAUUCUUUAUAAUGUACUAUCAAUAAACCAUUUAUUAAAGAU